CAUUGACAGAAUAUUCUACAUUAUUCUACAAACAUUUAAUGAAAAAAACAGUUGGAACCUGUGUGAAAGCAUACAAUGAAAGAUUUUCAAGUGUUGUAAAAUGUUCUUUAUCAAGUGCUCUAGUCUAAAUCCUCGAUUCGCGAUUGCAGCAUCAUAAAAUUAAUAGAUUAUUUCUGGGAACCCUGAUAUUGCUUCAUCUCAUGCUUGUUGUAAAUUCAGAGAUUAUAGAAACAAAAGAUGGAUGAAAAAGAAAAGAUGAAUUCUAGUAAUGGAACUGAAUCAAAAGAUUUUAAGGCAGAGAAAGUUUGUGGAGCAGGUCAUGACAAUGUGAAGUCAACAGCAGUAGUUAAGUACCAAUCAUUGCCGCUACUGAGUCCAUUCAAUCAAUUGCAGAGUAAUACCAACUUAAAUAUACCUCCUUCUAACUGGUUGCGUAGUAAUUCUAAACCAGAACAAUAUGUUAGAGAUAUUCCAUGGAGGCGAGAACAUUCAGAAUUCUCAAGUUUUAAUAUGGCUAACCAUUUUCUUGAUGAUAUAACAGAAGAUGUAGAUGUAGUAUCAGAUGCUAGUAACAUCAAGAAAUUGUUAAAGAUGCCAUUCUCAUCAUCCUCUCAUAUAAGUAUGAUGGUACAUAGAGUAGGUCAAACAUUACUAUUAGAUGAAUUUGAUAUUCAUCAACAUCUACUCCGAAAAGAAAAGGAGGAAUGGAAAUGGCUGUGGAAAUUUUAUGAACAGAUUAUAGGCAAAAAUACAGAGGGAAAGUAUAAAUGUGUUCCUAAAAAAAGUAAGAGUAGAGUAGCGUUGCAAAACCGAAAUAUGUAUUCAAAAUUUCUCUAUCAUAGUGUACAAUCAGAAGGCAAAGAUGAUACUACUAGUGUUGUACAGUGUCAUAGAGAAGAAGAUGAACAAGUAGCUGUAAAAGAUGAAGAUAUAUUAACACCGUUACCUGAUCCAUUACCACAGACAAAUAGUCGUGGAUUUCAACGUGAAGUAUUAUGGACAUUUGAGAAUAUCAAAAUGUUGAUUGGAGCUGAUCUUCCUAUAUUUGGUGAUGAAACACAUCCUUGUGUUAGUCUCAGAUUAAGAGAAUCGGAUGAACCUAUUAAUGUUUUAACGGGUUUAGAUUAUUGGUUGGAUAAUUUGAUGUGUAAUGUACCAGAAGUUGCUAUGUGUUUUCAUUUAGAUGGUUUUGUACAGAAAUAUGAACUGUUAAAGACCGAAGAUAUACCUAAAUAUGAGAAUUCCCAGUUUGAUCCGCAGCUUGUAUUAGAUAUAGCUAGAAAUAUCCUCUCUUUCUUAAAAUCUAAUGCUACUCUAGAAGGUCACACAUAUUGGUUAUAUAAGGAUAGUAAUGAUGAUGUUGUAAAAUUGUAUGAUUUAACAACAUUGUGUGAAGGUGAAGUAGAUCAUGGUAAUCCAUUCACUGUACCAGUAGGAAUAUUAUUAUAUAGAGUAGCUAGAAACUUACGUAAAAAUACUGGUAGAAAGAAAACUGCUACAAUUAGAAAACUCUUAGAAAACUGUUUACUUUUAUUAGAUGAAGAUAAACAUUCACAGGUAUGUACAUCUGCCUACUAUCUAUUAUCUGAUCUCUACGUACCUGACAGCUCUAUUAAAGACGUCUGGGAAUCAAACAGUGAUGAUUCAGAUGAAGAAAAUACAGAUUCUUGUAGACCGGUUAUUGAAGAUGAUAUAAAAGAUAAUAAAGAGGAAGUAACUGUGGAUAUAAAGACAUUAUAUGACUUUAAACCUAAUUUUGAUAGAGGUUGGCAUGUAGUUAGAGCUCAUCCUAUAGCUGGUACUGUAGAAGAAAGAUGUCAAGAUGCUUUUAAAUAUAUCAGAAAGGGAUUAGAAUGUUUAUGUAGAGAUCACAAUACAUAUAAACACCAACAGAAGAAUGUAAGUAUCGUAGAGGAACAAGCAUCAUGUGAUAAUAGUGAAGCUAUACCAUUAGGUUAUAAACCAUUAGCAUCUAUAUCUACAGAAGUUAAUCUACAGUUGUCUACACUACUGAUACCCAAAAAACAAAAAUGGCAAGACGUCUCAAAAUGCCUUCUACUUCGUAAAGCAGCCAUGACAUUUUACUGUGCUGGUAAAGAAUACCUGUCAAUACAGAAAUAUGGUCAUGCUUUAAGACAAAUUCGUUUUGCUAUCGUCUGUUUUGAGGAGAUGAAGAGAUUAAUACCUAAGAAAGGAGAAGAGAAUAUAGAUUUAUUAACAUUGAUAUUAGAGACAGCUGGUGAUAUACGACUGAUAAUGGCUAGAAAUGUUAAAUCUCUAGAUGAACAAGAGAGAUAUUUUACUGAUAUAUCUGAAGAAGAAGCAGCCAUUGUAGAUACAAGUAUUAGAGCUAGUAGAAUUCCAGAGUAUGAUUGGGUAUAUGCAUGGAGUAGUGAAUUGGAGCAAAAUUUAACCAGCAGUGUUAGAUGUUAUAGACAUGCAUUGACAUUAAAACCUACAGAUAAAAUAUUAGAUACUAAUUUACAUAAGAGAUUAGGAAACUCUCUCAACGAAUUGGGUGUAUGGUAUAUGAAUUUGGCACAAAAUACACUACAAAGUGCAGGUGUAGAAAAGGUGAAUUUAGAAAAGUUAAAAUUGAUGUGGGAAAAAAGUGAAAAUUGUUUUAACCGUGGGAAAGAAGUAUUUCAUGCUAUAAAUGAUAAGGCUAAUGUAACACUACUUCUGUCUAAUACUGGCAAAUUAAUGAGACUUUGUGCUCAAACCUACACUCAACUUACUAUUAGUUCAGAUCAACCAGAAUUUACUACAAUAGAAAGAGAAUAUUAUACUAAAGCUAUUGAUUGUUAUCAGAUGGCAUUGGCAAUAUUAAAGAAUGGUAAACAAUAUUGUGAUAUAUGGGAAUCAGUCUUGUGGGAAUUAUCUACAACAUAUUAUAAUAUGGCUAUGUUAUUACAAGAUUAUGCUCCUUUAUCCACAUAUUGUAAAGAAGAAAUAGAGAAGGAUGUUAUAGAUCUGAUGAAUAAAUCUUUAAAAUAUUGUAAUAUGGAUUGUUCACCAAAAUGUUUACCAAUGUGCCAGUAUAGAUCAGCUACUAUUAAUCAUAGACUAGCUUCUUUACAUCAUCAUACACUUAGAGAUACAAUUUCAGAUCAGAAGAAACGCUAUGUAAAACAGUUAUCAGACAAUCAUUAUAGUAAAGCUAUAAAUUUAUUCUGUCAACUAGACUGUCCUGUUGAGAUGUUACGAUCACUUUUAGAGAAAGCAGCUUUAUUAGAGUUCUGUCAAUCAGCACAAUCAACGUGUACAAAUAAAGGUAAAAUCAAGAAUUAUUGUGCUGUAUUAAUGACACUGACUGAUUGUGAAGAAAUUAUAGACAGUUUACAGACACAGGCAGAAAAUACAAGUAAUAACCAUGAUAAAGAUAGUUUAAUAGAUAUACUCAAAUCACGUCUACAAUAUCUAUUAUUACAUAUAAUCAAAACAUAUACUUCAUUAACAAAAGGGAAACAUGAAACUGUUAUUAAAGAAGUAAAAACAAUUUAUGCUAGAAGCUUACAAAUAUCACAAGAUGAAAGCCAGUUAUUGGUAUUAUUAAAAUCUGUAUUACAUGAUAGUAAAAACAUUAUACAUACCAUAUAUCAUGAUAUUGGUUAAUGUGAGAGUAGCCUUAGUAAUGUUGAAAGUUUAGUUUAAAAUGUGUUGCUAUUGUCUAUAUGAUGUAUGUGAUGAAAGAAGGAUAUCUAGUCUACCCUUGAAUUAAAGGCCCAAUUAUUUUUAGCAACAAAUGACAAGUUUAGACAUUUAGAGUAUUCACAAUACAGUAUAAUAUAGGUAUGUUUGUCCAUGUUGUGUUUAUGUCAUCAUCUGACAUUAUAUCUCAAAUUAAAAAAAAAAAAAAAAAGAAACAGAAAUGUUUAUAGUUGUGAGUUUAGGAAAAUAUCAUUUAUUUGAUUGUCUUAUUAUUUAAGAAAGAUCAGGAACAAUAAUUACUCAUUCAUUAAACAUUACCCUAAAUUUCUAUUAAACCAUUUCUUGUAAAUUUGUAUAAUUGAUAUAAUAUUAUAUUCAUGAGAAUGUUGUACACUUACUUGAAUCCCGGAUCAUUAUUUUUCGGACGGUGUCUAAUAUUUUAGGGCUUAAUCGCUGUUAAAAUGUAGGCUACUUAACUACUCAAAUUGAUUAUUUAACAUUUAAUUAAGAAUGAAAACUAAAUCGAAAUUUUAGUGGUAGAUAAUGUCCCAGCUUAGGUGGGGCCGGCUGGUUUUGACAGCUUUUCAAUUCAUCAUGUCUUUGUAAUUACUGAAUUCAACCAUUUUUUUUCGACUGGCAUUCCUGUUAGAAAUUCAAUUUUUAUACGCCUACAACAGGUUACAAUUUUUAUCCGAUUUCACCGAAACCUGAAAUAUAGGUUUAUCUCCCUAAGAUCUCGGUUCCUUUCAAUAUUGGCAUGUAUCGGACCGUAACUUCAUGGAUUAUGGCCCCUGAUUGUACGAAAAAUAACGUUUUUAGCUUGUGGGCGUAUAAAAAAUUGUUGCCUACAACCUUGAUAUACCACAUAUUUACACCGUUUGCGUUAUAUGAGGGGCGUCCAUUUUGUCCGUCAGUUUUAUGGCCCUUGAUCACUUUGAAAAAUCUUGUGGAUGCUCUAGAGACCAAGGUUAUUUAGAUUGAUAAACAGAGUUUAAGGUCUUGAGACGAACAAGUAUAUUGAUUUUCAAUGAAUUUUGAUAACUUGAACAGCUAAAUCCAUGAUAUUAAAUCUUUCGUAUACUAAACAUUAGCAUGUUGCAGAACCAGGGCUGUCGGUAAUUUUUCACGGUUGAUUAGCAGCACUGCUAAUCAAAAAGUCCAAUUUUGCCAAAUUUGAUUAGCAAAUUUAAAAAUUGAUUAGCAGUUUUUCAGUUUCAACAUAAAACACCUAAAUAACAAGAUAUUACUUUAGUUCAUAACAAAUAUGAUUAGAUUCCAUUCUUACUAAUCUUAGAUUUUUUUAGGAGUGCCACAAGUACUUGUGACAGUUUGUGAAUGUGAUGUAGGCAUUUAGUUAGGUCUUAUGUCUGAAGCCAAUUCUUAACAGUGACUUCCGAAGCCCCAAUCAUUUUAAUUGUUAUUUUUUGUACGUUAGAAAUCUUCGUUAGAAAACAAUUUCGUCUGCUUUUUAUCGUGUAUUGCUUUUCUUGUUCAAUCGGGCGCACCUCGAUUAACUAGACACACGUGAUAUUUUACGGGAAUUUUUACUUUGAUUUAUCAUUUUACAAUACGUUAACAUUUAUUUUUUUAUAUUUAUUUACAAUACCUAGAGGAUACACUGGAUUUAUUUCUUUCAAAAUAUCAUAUAAUUACUUGAUGUCUCGCAACGUGAGUGGUACUACUUGAUUCCCUGUUUCCGGUUUAAUAGUCCCUAUUUAUAGAGUUAUGUCCCUGUAUUAUAUAGUACCGUAUAAUGAAUUGUGUCUGGGUAGUUCGAGAAGAAAAUGUCACACGGAGAAUUCAGUUUUGUUUAUAAAAUUUUAUUCAACAUUUUAUACUCGUUGAAAUUGUUGAGAAAGCUUUCUAGUCUUCAAAUGUGGAUUAUCCUUGUGUCAAUAUCCAAAAUGACAGGCAUAUUAAUGAUUCGCAGUUACUGCGAAUCAAAAACUUUAGAUUUUAAUUUUUGAUUAGCAACAGACAAAAUAUGGUUGUCGGCAGCCCUGUGCAGAACUAAAAGCCAAACAAUUUCAAAUGAUUUUCGGAUAAUUACUUAAUGAGUUGUUACUCUUAAUUAGAUUUUAGUGUAUUAUAAAUGUUUCAUUACCGACAAUAGAAAAAAUAUGCAACAACUCUUGUUGACUGCGCGGACGACUUAGCUGCUCCUGAAUUAUGGCCCUUGAUUGUAUGAAAAAUCGCGUUUUAUGUUUGUGGUCCCUCAAGAGGUAACAAUGUCAUGAAAAUCGUACCAAAACUGCCAGAAAAAAUCCCCCCCCCCCCCACGCAAAUACUGUAAACAUCUGGUA